AAUAUCGGUGAACAUUGAGGAAAAAGCUGUUUUUAAGUAGACUGGCUCGUUUAGUCCGGCACCGACCGAGUUAAGAGACACGGCUGGCUUGAUUUGACAGCGGGUGAAGCAAUGUAAAAGCAGGACCGAGUAGGGGAGGUAGGUGGGUUCUGAUAGCACCUGCCACGGCCAGAUCGCUUCUGAUCCGCAGAAAAAGCACUCUCUCUGGUGUGAUGCGUCUUUUUUCUUUCAUGGGUUUUAAAGAAGAAGAGAUUAUAUAGGUACAAAGUUUCGGGAAUUAAGCGUUUUGUGCGUCUGGAAACUGCGCAAAAAUACGGCAAAAGUUUGUUUCUCAGUGCUGAACCUGGGAGUUUUUUAUGUUAAUUUGAGCGGCUUUUUCAAGACAAAUCCUACGGAUCUAGCAUUUAUCGUAUGAAUCAUAAGUCAUACAUCUCACAUGUUGUGUUGUGUGGGACGCAGAGGAAUGCAAAGAUAACUUUUAAAGAGUCAGCUUUCAGUCACUUCUGACCAGCACCUAGGGAACACAACGAGGUCAGCAUGGGGGCUUAUGCAGCCACCCUUCUCCUGAUGAGCGUGGGCCUCCUGGCUAUCCGUGGCUACCAGAGGUCCACCCCCCGAGUCCGCCUGCCCUUCAAAGAGCUGCUGGAGACCAAAUCGAUCCGUCCCUUCAGUUUCUCCUUCAACACCAGUGACUAUCGCAUCCUCCAUGUGGACCAGGACCAGGGGCGACUCUACCUGGGCAGCCGCGAGUACCUGGUGGCCCUGGAUAUGCAGAACGUCAACAAAGAACCCCUCAUCAUUCAUUGGCCUGCUCCUGACCAGAGGAAGGGCGAGUGUACAAUGACUGCCAAAGGGGAGCAGGGGGAGUGUGCAAACUUUGUGCGUCUUAUCGAGCCAUGGAACCGAACACACCUGUAUACAUGUGGCACCGGGGCAUACAAGCCAAUUUGUACCUUUAUCAACAGAGGCUGGAAAGCUGAGGAUUAUGUCUUCAGGCUGGUGCCCGGAUAUGUGGAUUCGGGGAAGGGGAAAUGCUCCUACGACCCCAAUCAGGAGAACAUCGCCACUCUCAUCAAUGGAAACCUGUACGCAGGGGUCUACGUGGACUUCAUGGGCAUGGACCCAGCUGUCUUCAGAACCAUGGGCGAGAGGCCGGCUAUCAGAACGGAGCAGUACGACUCCAGGUGGCUCAAUGAGCCCGUAUUCAUUCAGAUCCAGCAGAUCCCAGACACCACAGAGGGAAACGAUGACAAGCUGUACUUCUUUUUCCGUGAGAAGAACUUGGACGGGGUCAGUGGGACCAGCCCCAGUGUCCUGGCUCGGGUGGGACGCAUUUGUCUGAAUGACGAAGGGGGCCAGAAGUCACUGGUGAACAAAUGGACGACCUUCCUGAAGGCACGCUUGGUGUGCUCUGUCAUGGGGGACGAUGGGGUAGAGACUUUCUUCGAUGAGCUCCGAGAUGUCUUCAUUCAGCCUACUCAGGAUGAACGCAAUCCUGUUAUCUACGCUGUCUUCUCCAUAGCUGGCUCCGUGUUCAGAGGCUCGGCUGUCUGUGUCUACUCCAUGGCUGACAUCCGCAACGUAUUCAAUGGCCCCUUCUCGCACAAGCAUGGCCACAACUACCAGUGGAUCGCAUAUUCUGGAAAGAUCCCGUACCCAAGGCCCGGCACCUGUCCAGGCGGCACAUUCAUCCCUGGCGUACGCUCAACGAAGGAGUUCUCAGAUGAGGCCGUGAACUUUGUGCGGGCACAUCCCCUCAUGCACCACCCAAUCUACCCGCUCCACAAGCGCCCUCUGGUGGUGCGAUCUGGUGUUGACUACCGCUUCACCACCAUUGCAGUAGACCUUGUGGAUGCAGUAGAUGGGAGGUAUGAAGUUCUCUUCCUGGGAACCGAUCGUGGAACAGUCCAGAAAGUGAUCGUUCUGCCCAAAGACACCAGCAUCAUGGAGGAACUCACUUUAGAAGAAGUUGAAGUCUUCAGGACUCCAACCCCAGUGAAAACAAUGAAGAUAUCAUCUAAACGGCAACAGCUUUAUGUGUCGUCCGAGGCAGGGCUUAGCCAGCUGUCCCUGCACCGGUGUACAGCCUACGGUAAGGCCUGCUCCGACUGCUGCCUUGCCCGGGACCCCUACUGCGCCUGGGAUGGGGAGAUCUGCGCUCCCUUCACGCUGGCCACCAAAAGGAGGAGCAGAAGGCAGGACAUCAAACAUGGGGAUCCCCUGCGCCAGUGCCGGGGCUACAACGCCAAGGAGAACCGUCUGAGAGAAACGGUGCAAUUCGGCGUGGAGGGGAACAGUGCGUUUCUGGAAUGUCAGCCUCAAUCUCCCCAAGCAACCGUGAAGUGGCUGUUUCAAAAGGACGGCAGGAGGAAAGUGCUCCAUCGGGACCGUGAGGUUCUAAAGACGGGUCAUGGCAUUCUACUAAAAGCCGUGAACCAAUCAGAUGCUGGGAUGUACCACUGCCUGACCACUGAGAACAAAUACAAGCGUACCGUGGCUCGGGUGGCACUGCGCAUCCUGGACCGCGAGAUUGUGGAGGCCCUCACCUCCCCCGACACAGCCCCUGUCCGCCACCACCCCUUCCCGCCACCCCCACCUCCCCCUCCUCCGAAUCCGCCCCCGCAGCCGGAGGUGCGUCUCAUGAACCAGUACUGCCAGACGUAUUGGCAGGAACCAAAACGAACCAGCAGAAGACAUGUGGAGGAUGUGGCGCCGCUCUCCGGCCACUGACGCCUGGGUCGGUACCAGCAUUCCAGCCGUGGGCUUUGUGUCAUGGCCUCGAUCUGCUUUCCCUUUCCUGAACUGGAGGAACAACUCGAUGAUUAAAGAGAACAGAGUCCAGUCUGACCUAAGCUGUCCAACUGCCACAUCUGGUUUCAGCUUCACUCCAAAACUGCAGCUUCAUCCAACCUGCAUGAAGGCAGCCGGGUACAAUCGGAUCCGCCUUCUGCAUAUUUACGCAACAUGGUGACCUGGGUUCCCUCGGUUAUCCGUCUCCUAAUUUUGCUCCUCAGCAGCAUGUGAUCUGAGAUGCAGUCCAACCUUUGCUGUGCUUUUCCUGCUUUCGAUGGGGUUUAUGCGUUGCUGUUUUGUUACCUGGCUCGUAAUCCUUCCUUUAGCCAAGGACAAACUCAAGAUGUGGACAAUGAGAAGUUAAACAGCGUGGCAAGGCCAAGGUUGAGGUCUGAAGACAGGCACAAUGCGUUACACCACACGUGUAGGUUAUUGACAGUUAAUGUGCAAUAUGAAUUAACACUUUGAACUGUGCAGUUGGUCUAAGUGUAUGUAGUUAUUUAAACUGUUAGAUCCUAAAGUUAGUAUUUAAAGCACUUAUAAGCCACAGACCUUCAAACUAUCUGAAUGUCAUUGCGUUAUUUUUAGUGGUGGGAAAGUUAUUCACAAAAGUAAUCCAUUACACACACUGGUGGAAAGUUCAGGUCCAGAAAGUACAAAUCCAGAUCAAGGUUUUGUUUCAGUUGAGUAUAAAAAGUCACCAUUACAGAGUACACAACUGGUUGGUUGAGACAGACCCAUGGUCUGGAUUUAUCCUCUCUGGACCUGAACAUUCUAUCUCUGUCUGUAAUGGAUCACUUCUGUGAGUAACUUUCCCAGCACUGAAUAUUUUAGACCAUAAACUCACUUUUUUUGUAAAAAGCUGUUGAAAGAUUCAUGUGAUUAUAACACCCCACAUUAAAAUGGUAUGUCUGAGCUUUUAAGCAUAUUUAAAUGAUACAUGUUUCACACAUGCAAUGUUCAGGACUUUGGUGUGUCAGUUUUUGUGAUUUGGAGUGCUUUUUUAUGUGUUUAUUUAAAAAAAAUUUGUUUUUUUGCGUCAAAGCUAUUUCUACUUGUGAAACGUUCCUUGUGUAAUUAUGAUUUUUUUAAAUGGUCAUGAUACAUUAACUACUGGCAUGGUUUAUGAGUUGAAUGCACAAAUUGUGAUUUAUAAGCAUAAACACAGAUAUAAAAAUAAGUCCGGUUGUCCCCUCCUUUGGUUUCAUUGGCUAAUUUAAAAUAAGAAUCAUUAUAUUCAAACAUUGUUACAGUAGCUAAACAAUUUUAAGAAAAGAGAAAGAUAAACACUGCAUCUGAACUGCCAAUUUCAUUCAUUUGUUAUGCAUUAUGCAAGUAAUUCAGGCAUUUUUCAGAUGAUUUAGUCCUUCAUUCCAGACUGUAGAUAUUUGGCAUCAUUGUGUGUAUAAAAGAGUAUAAAAUAUCCCAGAGGCAGAUACAUGCUGUAAGUGGAGAGAAGGUGUUGCAUGUAAUUGUAGGGGAUUAACAUGCUGAUAUUUAGUACAGGACCAAGGACAGGACCAAAAAAAGCUAUGACAGUAUAAAACAAUAAAAUCCUGUUGCAUGUGUCUGUGGACUUUUCUAAGUGAAUCGUUUAAUGCAUCAGAUUCUCAUUUUAAAGUUUGAAUUAAUGCGUUUUUAAUGAUAAAUUUCUGCUGUAAUUCUGGUCUUUGCUGAGCAUUGUGAAAUAUAUCUCAUCAAGAUGACUGACCUAAAACAUGGUGUAGAGAUUGCAGGUAGCUAUAUGGUAACUCCUGAUUUUUAUUCCAUAAUUCCUGUCCAGAUUCUCACUGUUCUUCUGUGGAUUCUGGAGGUGUACGCAGUGACAUCAGCAGGCUUGGGGUUACGGAUAUGAGUUCAUGUGGAGCGCUGUAACCUCCACCAAGUCUGUCUCUGUAUCUUCAGUAAUAUUAAAUCACUGGUUCACUGUUUUUUUUUUCCAUGUGUCUACUAAUGUCCCCAUAAAGGCAGGAUUUGCUUUGGGCUGUGUGCUUUGGGCAUGUAUUCCUGGUGGUGACCUGGAUGCAGAAGGCAUCUGGAUUGGGGGGUGCAAUGUCACAUAUUCAUUUAUGUAAAGACCAAUAUUUGUGGACAAUAUUGUAUUAGAAGGUGAAUCUUUCGGUGUUAUUGUUUAGCACGUAGUUGUGGGUGUUCGUGAAAUUCAUCAUGUAAAAAUGUAUUUUGUGUUGUGCUGUGUUUCCAUUACCUGCAUGCAACUGGAAGGCCGCUUCAGGCCUUUACUGGUCGACACCUCUCAUUUUGGACCUUUCUAACUGACGACCCAAGUAAUAGUUUAUGGAAUAAGUUGUAUGAAUCAUCUAGAACAGCCAGUUAAGCUUUCCUGUGCUUCUGGGUCAUAAGGCUACACCUGAGUCAGUCCCUGUGGUCAGCUUUGACUAAAUUACAGCUUUUUUUUAUUUAAUGAACACAUUAAAUACUGUAAAAUAUAUGACUUUCAGUAUAUUCAUAUACAUAAAUCUAUACAUAAACCCUAUCUUCAUGUAUGUAAGGCAAGACAGUUUCUAUUGCAGGAAACAGUAAAAAAAUGGAGACCAUUAUUUUUAAUCUGCAUAGAUUUGCGCUCAGUUAGCUGUUUCUUAAUGUCAGUCAUUUCCUCUAACACCUAUCCGAUGAUAAGUUCGAGAAAUGUCCCACAUUAGAUGAGUCCUCACACUGUGUCUUUCUUGCAUUUCUAGCUGUGAUUGGGCCCAGUGAUUGAAUGCUUUGGGUCCAAACGGUAGGCUCUCGUCAUGUCCACUGCUGCAUCAGCUCUUACAGUAACACAGGCUCACCUCCCAGAACAGAACUAAUGGCACAAAAUGUAACAAGACAUCUGAUCAUUUAAUUGUGUAUCUGUCAUUGAAUUAACAGUGUUCUGGUGGUUAUUAAGUGACCUGAUGUGUAUCAAAACGCCCUCUGGGUUUGGACUGAGUACUGCAGGUUUCCAGCAGUAAGAUUGUUCAUCAAUACCAUGACAAUAUUUGAAGAAAGAUAAAUAUUAAUAUCAGCA